AUGAGCGCCUCAGCAAAUGUCGCUCGUCGGGCGGUGAUUGCUAACCCGUUCCUGGGCAACGCGCGUGCGCUGUCUAGUCUCGGUGUUUCGCCAGCCGUGCUCGGCCGAAACGCAAGGCACCUGCCUCGUCGAACAAAUGCCAUCGCCCUACUCGUUCCCGUCCGCCAUCUAGGCACCGACCAUCACAACCACGGCCAGGGCGGUCCGCCGCCGGGCUUCAAUGUCGAGGAGGCUAAGAAACCUCUCCCCAAGGAGCCGGCGGCCAAGACGGAAUCCAAGGCGACACAGGAGUCCAAGGAUGCGGCUCAAUCCGAAAAGUCCUCCGAGAAGGCCGUCGCCAACAAGGCCGACUCCGACGCCUCGUUGUCGGAGCUUGCUGCGGCGAAGAACACCGAUGUCGAAAGCAAAGAGGCUGCAAAGAAGGAGGAUUUGACACUCUGGCAAAAGGUCAAGAAGGAGGUCCACCACUACUGGGACGGAACGAAGCUGCUCGCCGCAGAGGUCAGGAUCAGCACUCGUCUUGCUCUCAAGAUGGCCGCCGGUUACGAACUCAGCCGAAGGGAGAACAGGCAACUGCGCCGCACCGUCCAGGAUCUCGGUCGCCUGGUGCCGUUCUCGGUUUUCGUCAUCGUUCCUUUCGCCGAACUGCUCCUCCCCGUCGCCCUGCGACUCUUCCCCAACCUGCUGCCCAGCACGUACGAGGGCCAAAAGUCCAAGGACGCCAAAGCCAACAUCCUCAGGGCCACGCGCAAAGAGGUCAGCGAGUUCCUCCGAUCUAGUCUUAAGGAGACCGGGCUGCCCUUGACCCCCGCGACCACCCGGAGCGAGGCCUUCACCACAUUCUUCAGGAAGCUUCGUUCUUCCGGCGAGUCGCCCACCCACGAGGACAUCAUUAAGGUCUGCAAAGUCUUCAAGGACGACCUCACUCUCGACAACCUCUCAAGACCCCAGCUGGUCUCCAUGUGCAGGUACAUGAACCUGAACACUUUUGGUACGGACAACAUGCUCCGCUACCAAGUCAGGCACAGAAUGCGCCAGAUCAAGAGAGAUGACAGGCAGAUCAGCUACGAGGGUGUUGACAGUCUGACCGUCGGCGAGCUGCAGAUGGCGUGUGCCAGCCGUGGCAUCCGCACGCAGAGCGUGUCCCCUGCGAGGAUGCGUGAGUACCUCCAGCAGUGGCUGGACCUGAGAUUGAAGGAUGGUGUCCCUUCGACUCUGCUUCUUCUGAGCAACGCCUACAUGUACGGCCAAGUCCCCGCACACAGCCAGGUUGAGGCGCUUGUUGGCGUCCUCUCUUCCAUCCCCGAUGAGCUCUUCCACGAGAUCUCCCUGGAGGUGCACAACGCCGAGGGCGCCGCUACCAACAAGCAGCGUCUCGAGGUUCUCAAGGAGCAACAGGAGCUCAUCGACGAGGAGAACAGCCAGAACGAGGAGAAUGCCAGCACCGGCUUUGCCACUCCUCGUGAUGUUGACGACAUCGACGAGAAGGAGGAGAGCAACCAGUCUGCCGAGGCUCAGGCCGCUCCCUCAAGCCAGGCCCAGGAGGCCAAGGACGCAGAGAAGGAGAUGCUGGCGGCGAGAGACCAGAAUGCUACGAUUGAAAAGGCGGAGAAGAGCGACAAAUAG